AUGAACGGGGUGGGUUCCGAGUACAACAUGUCAAUCGUGAACUCCUACAAAAGGUUCAUGGAGAGGAACAGCGAUCCUCGGACAGAGAACUGGUGGCUGAUGUCAGGACCAGGUCCUCUCCUAACGCUUCUUGCCACGUACCUUUACUUUUGCACAUCUGUGGGUCCUCGGUACAUGAGAGACAGGAAACCGUACUCGCUGAAACAGCCUAUCAUAAUUUACAAUAUCAUUCAAAUAUUUAUGAGCAUGUUUUUGGUUUAUGAGGGCCUAGCCGCCGGCUGGUGGAACGAUUACAACUUUAGCUGUCAACCGGUGGACUACUCGUAUAACCCUAAGGCGUUCAGGAUGGCGGGAGCAGUCUGGUGGUACUUCUUCGCGAAGAUUAUCGAGCUGCUUGACACAAUAUUCUUCGUACUCAGGAAGAAAAAUAAACAAAUAUCAUUCCUUCAUCUUUACCAUCAUACAAUGAUGCCAAUUUGCGCUUGGAUUGGUGUCAAAUUCCUGCCAGGUGGUCACGGGACUCUCUUGGGCGUGAUAAAUUCCUUCAUCCAUGUGAUCAUGUAUACGUACUAUCUGAUCUCAGGCCUUGGUCCGCAGUAUCAAAAAUACCUGUGGUGGAAAAAACACCUUACCAGCAUGCAACUUGUCCAGUUCGUCAUCGUGUUCUAUCACAACUUCAGUGUGAUGUUCUGUGACUGCAACUACCCUAAGUUCAUCAACUUCUUACUGGCCCUCAACGCUGCUCUCUUCUUGUACAUGUUUGGUAAUUUCUAUUACCGAAGCUAUGUCAUGACUGAGACCGAAAACAACAAUGUAGCUGACAAAAUUCAAAGCAAACCAAGUCAAACAAUUGCAAAUGGCAAAGCGAAAGAAUGCUAG